AUGAGACUAAAGACCAAAAUCUUCUUUGUUUUUUUUGCUCUUAUAUUUACUAAUAAAAUAUGUAACUCGUCUCAAAUAAAAGAAACAGAAUCAAUUCCCAAUGACCAUUCAAAAGUACAAAGUUCAUCUACUACCGAAUCUGAAUUAGUGUCAUCUGAUGAAGACUCUAAUUCUACCGAUGACCAGUCCAUUUUAAGAAAUUCUUCAAUUUAUAAAGAUCAAUCUUUAUACUCGAAUAGUCAAAUUGUAGAAUAUGAUGAUUCAACAGGUUACCUUGGUCUUGUUACUGUAAUUACUAAUAAAAAACAGACCUGCAGAAUAAUUUCCGGUAAUUUCUAUAGACGAAAUGAAUUUAAAAAUACACUUUAUUUAUUUUUUGAUACCACAAAUAAAAGUUUUCUUGGUCUCUUUGUCCCAAAACCAAUUGAUUUUACAUUAAGAGGCAAGCUAGGUUUAGUCACUCUAACUUAUAAAGAUGAAGUUUUCUUAUUAAACAAACUUCUUCUAAUCAAGUCUAAUGGAGAACUUUCUAACACAAAUUCCCCAUGGAAUCUAAUUAUUGAAGUCAAUUCUGAUUAUAAUAAACUUCAAAUUCUCCCUUAUGAAUUUAAAAAUAGAAAUUUUAUUAAUUUACCUCCAGAUAAUUGGGAUGCAAAUGAUGAUAGUUUAUAUCCAAAUAACAUUAAAAGCAUUAAACCUUUAAGCAUCUUAGCCAAAAAUAUGGACCGGAUCAAAGAAUUAAAAAUCCCUCAUUUUUCAGUUGGGACUAGCCCAACUGCAUUAUUCUUAAAAUUAAAUACAGGCGAAUACAUGUCCAUUAUUGUUGCUAAUAAUACAGUAUUUUUUGUUGAUAUUGAUGAUUGUAGUAUUCAUUCAAAAGAUAGCCACUAUUACAACGUUUGUGGUGGGUAUUCCGUAUAUAGUAAUAGGUGGUUUUUUACAAACAGACCAUGGAAAUCUAGGAUUAUUAUUCAAACUAAUUUCGAAGAAUUACUUGAGAUAACUAAAUCAAAACUUCAAGCUCUUGAAGAUGUAGAACAAGUAUCAGUCCCUUUAAGAAGAACUGAAAACAUUUCUAAACAUAAUUCAAUUAACCCUAAAAAAUGCAGAAAAUUUUCCUGCUGUAGAAACUAA